AUGGAAGCUUGUUACUCACAACAUCAAUAUAAUAUCACUUCCUAUGACGCCAUGGCCAUGGUCAUCAUCACACUUCAGGCACUGGUUGGCAUGUGGAUCAACAUUUUCAUUGUUUCUGUGCUUUGUAUUGCUUGGGUCAAAAAGAAAAGAUUUAACUCUAAUGAGAAGAUCUUGCUGUCUCUGGGAUGCUACAGGUUUGGGUAUUUGUGCAUCAUAUGGCUCCAUUCCUUUCUUUCCGUAAUUUAUACUGGGUGCUUUUCUGUUCAGCCCAUACCCCAGCUAUCUGCAGCUCUUCAAAGCUUCUUCAAUAAUUCAAACUUGUGGGUUUCUGCCUCUCUUUGUGUUUUUUAUUGCAUCAAAAUUGCAAAUUUCAGGAACACCUUCUUCAACUACCUGAAAGUAAGAAUCGACAGGAUCGUGCCAUGGCUGUUGAUGGGUUCAGUGCUUUUAUCCCUGGCCACCUGCAUCCUUGUCUACAUCACUAAUGAACUGAACUGGAAUAAUUACAAUUCCACCACCCUAGGAAAUUUCUGGAAACUGAGUGUCAACUUGGAUGAACAUUUAUUCGCUACUUUUUUUAUCACCGGCUUUGGAUAUGCCACUGCAUUCACAGCAGUAAUCUCUUCUGCCCUUCUCCUCCUAUUUUCCCUCUGGAGACACAAACGCAACAUGCAGACAAAAUCAGUGAAGAACCUCAGCAUGGAUGCCCACAUCAAAGCCAUGAAAUCUAUUCUGUCCUUCUUCUUUCUUUACAGCAUUAACUUCAUAUGUUUGGUCUUGACGCUGAUUUAUACCUCAAGGGAGAAAAAUCCUGCCUUGUUUCUCGUUGUAGUAUUUCAGUAUGCUUUUCCAGUUGUUCAUUCCAUUAUUCUGAUUUUCAGCAAUCCAAACCUGGAAAAGACACUGCUAAGGACCCUUUCCUGUGUGAAGUGCAGGGUUUGCAGGAGGUAG